AUGAGGAAAAGUGAGGUUAGGAUAUAGUUGAAGUGAAGUUGUUUUCAAAGUUUCUUUUAUUAUUUAAUAAUUUAUUGGAUGGCUAAGUAACCUAAUUUCAAUAUGGCAGAUAGACUUACACAAUUACAGGACUGCAUUAAUAAACAAGCAGAACAUUUCUGCAACAGUAUUGGAAUACUCCAGCAAUUUGCUGCACCAAGCAAAUUUCCCAAUUUUGAUAGAAGUGGUUCUCAAACACCUCAGCAACAACAAAAUCAAGAAGAUUAUGUACAACUGUUUACAACACUAAUUGCCAGAUGUGCAAAAGAUAUUGAUACAUUAAUUGAGUCUCUUCCAAGUGAGGAGAACUCAACAGAACUUCAGUUGCAAAGUUUGAGAAUAUUGGAACAAGAAAACCAAGAAGCUGCUGAAAGGCUUGAAGCAAUUGUCAGAAAUGGUCAAGAAUUGCUUGAAAAAAUCCAAGCUGCUCUCAGCGAUAUUGCACAGGCACAACUAGAUAUGCAACAUCUUACAAAAACCAUAACAGAGGGCAAAGAAUGAAUGACAUUAGGGUAUAAUGUAAUACAUACAUGUAUUAUCUUUUUAGUACUUAAGUUUUAUAACAAUUUUUGCAUGAUAUUAAAUUAUUUGUUUAUACU